AUGUCGGAGAACCAGGCCAACAACAACGUUCCUCUGAACAACAACAUUGGGCCCAACCGGAUCCGGAACCCCAACAUCAACCAGAACCCGCUCAUCAAUGUGCGUGACCGCCUCUUCCACGCCCUUUUCUUCAAGAUGGCUGUCACCUACGCCCGGCUCUUCCCGCCCUCCUUCAGAAGAGUCUUUGAGUUCUUCGUCCUGCUGAAGGCGCUCUUCGUCCUCUUCAUCCUCGCCUACAUCCAUAUCGCUUUCUCCCGCUCCCCCAUCAACUGCCUGGAGACGGUGCGGGAUCGCUGGCAUGUUGAGGUGGAGAUCCAGAGGAACUCCAGUCGCGCCGCCGUCUUCCUGCAGCACUACGACUCCUCCGGCCUCCAGGGGGAGCUGCAGGCCGAGGAGCGGCAGGCUGAACCAGGAGGAGGAGCAGCAGUGGCCGGGAUCAGCCUGGGAGAGGAGGAGGAAGAGGACGACGAGAUGACUGUGUUUGAAAACAGCUCAGUGCAGUUUGAACUGGACAUUGAGCCCCGUCUCCAGCCGUCUGUGAUUGGAGGAGGCUCUAGAGGAGGAGCCAAUGACAGCCAGGACGUGUCGUUUAGCCCCCCCUCUAAAGUGUGGCCGCAGGACGAGUACAUCGUGGAGUAUUCCCUGGAGUAUGGCUUCCUGCGGCUAUCGCAGAGCACCAGGCAGAGACUCAACAUACCCGUCAUGGUCGUCACUCUGGAUCCCAUCAAGGACGAGUGCUUCGGAGACGGAUUCAGUCGCUUCCUGCUGGACGAGUUCCUGGGCUACGACGACAUCCUGAUGUCGAGUGUCAAGGCGCUCGCUGAGAACGAGGAGAACAAAGGCUUCCUGAGGAACGUGGUGUCUGGAGAACAUUACCGCUUUGUCAGCAUGUGGAUGGCCAGAACGUCGUAUCUGGCUGCCUUCGUCAUCAUGGUCAUAUUUACGCUGUCGGUGUCGAUGCUGCUCAGAUACUCGCACCACCAGAUCUUCGUCUUCAUCGUGGAUCUGCUGCAGAUGCUGGAGAUGAACAUGACCAUCGCUUUCCCAGCAGCCCCUCUGCUCACCGUCAUCCUGGCCCUGGUUGGCAUGGAGGCCAUAAUGUCAGAGUUUUUCAAUGACACGACCACGGCUUUCUACAUCAUCCUGAUCGUCUGGCUGGCCGACCAAUAUGAUGCCAUCUGCUGCCACACCAACACCAGCAAACGCCAUUGGCUGCGGUUCUUCUACCUGUACCACUUCGCCUUCUAUGCCUACCACUACCGCUUCAACGGUCAGUACAGCAGCCUGGCUCUGGUCACUUCCUGGCUCUUCAUCCAGCACUCGAUGAUCUACUUCUUCCACCAUUAUGAGCUUCCUGCCAUCCUGCAGCAGAUCCGGAUCCAGGAGAUGCUGCUCCAGAACCAGCAGGCGGGUCAGAACCAGACUGCUCUGCAGGACAACCUCAACAACAACAACGCCAACGCUGGGCCGGAUCCAGCUGGGACUGGUCAGUCAGCAGACAGCACCGUUGAGCCACCACAGGCCGAGCCGCUUCCAUCAUCCUCUGUGGCGGUGGGCGGAACCGGCGAGGUCAGAGCUGAGCUUAACUGGGUCGCUCAGACCGCCGCUGUCAUCACAGAGGCACUCGGCUCCUCCGUCGACUCGGGAGAAAGUCAGGGAUCAGCAGAGAUCAAUGUUGAGUUCUGGAUGGGUGGGGCAGCAGGUGAAGCUCCUGACGGCACACUGGAGAAUAAAGCUCCAGGGGGCGGAGCUGAAGCCUCACCUGGUGAUAGCAGGCGUCAGGGGGCCGAGCCUUCUGAAAGCCCAGCCCUUAAUACAGACUGCCCCGCUCCUCAGAGCUCGGGUACAGACAGCGAGUCACCUGGGCAUCAGAGCUCCGCCCCCCGCGGCAUGUCAUGAGCGUCCAGGUGAACUGAUGACUUCACGGCACUAGCUGAAGGCUAUGGACCGUCAGCUGAUCACUGAGCUGCACUUUACUCCAAUUAAUCAAUUAAUUAAUUAACUGAUCCAUCAAUUAACCAAUGAAUGAGCUGAUCUGAGGGUAGCCCCGCCCCCACCCGACACUCAGCAGGAUGACCUUCUUCGAGGUGUGACCAAUAGGUGAGCUGAGAUUCUGACCCUUCUGGACACCCACAGCUCUGAACCGGUUCUCCUGAGGGAUGAUUGAGCCGUCAGGUUCUGGUUCUGACCCGUUCUGUUGGACUGAAACCCAGAUGGAACUUUAAUUCUACUUUUAUUGUGUAGAACAGGAAGAUGCUGAUUGGCUAUUGCUGAUUAAGCUCCGCCUCUUUGAGGGCGUGUCUUGUGUUUACGUAUUCAGGCUGCAUGAGUUCACCUGUUCAGAACCAGAACCUCAUCACCUCCAUGUUCUGAUUGUGACAUUGAAGGCGGGGCCUCGUGGUGGGCGGGGCCUGUGUGGUUCUUGAUGCCCCUGCUGGUCGACUGGAGUGUUAGGAACCAGUGGAACCAGUGGAACAGGUAAUGCCUCCUGCAGACGGAUCAGACUCACCUGAAGGUCAAAAAUAAAGAGUUGUGGAACCA